AUGGACGUAGAGGAGACCCAAACCACCUCCAACACCAUAAGGUCCGAAAUCGCCAUACGCAAAGCGUCGGCUGCACCCGUUGCCGCUCCAAAGACCAGGGUUAUGCGACCACUGCCAUCCACCGAAGCAGUCAGGGAGAUUAGGGAAGAGCAGCUAUUGGAGCCACAGGGGCCUCCAUGUUGCAGCCUGUGCCAUCGCCCACACGCCCUGAAACGAUGCACCAUUUUUAAGAGCACGAAGCCCGCUCAAAGAAAAAAGGUUGCAAGAGCCCAUGGGCAUUUCAUGACCUGCCUGGCAGAUGACCACGCCACCAUAGAGUGCUGGGCCGACGGCGCCUGUCAAUAUUGCCAGAGGCCCCAUCACACUCUAUUUCAUCGUUUUCCCCGUCGAGCCAAUCCGUCGGAAAGUAGCACCAACACCCGUAAGGGACUACGCAGCGAUGCUAUCCGGCGACGACGAAGCAGCCAAUCAACCACAACACGUACACGGCCAUCUCCGCCACGCCACGCUCAUCGUCAGCAACAACGACGCUCAACAGGGUUGAGCGCUGUACUAAACACAUUGCAACAGCUGCAGAGGCUCCUAGCCGAUUAA